AUGGGAAGCAGCGAAGCAGCAGCACCUCCAGCGUCGCGUGCAAACUCUACCACACAACAACGACAGCAAGAAAGCAGCGAGCAUGACAAUCCUCCUCCUCCUGACUACGAUACACUGUCCCUAGCACCACCCGGUCUCGAAGACACCUCCAGUACUUAUCAUCCAAGUUUCUCUCAUGUCCCCAACCAACGCGCUCAGACUCCAACCGACGCUUCGCAGAAGGGAAGAAAGUCCCUGAAGCAGCAAUGGGUAGAGUUCAAACAAGAAGAUGGCAGGCGGAAACCUGCCAAUGAGAGGUAUGAGACGGUCUCUGCUGCUGAGGCUGAUCGUAUCACCGGACUGGAUAAGCAUAGGGCGCUGGAGGAGAAGAAGGCUGCGGAGAGGAAGAGAGGUGGGAAGAGUAUGCUGGGGAUGCUGAUGUUAGCCUGA